AAUUUAAUAAAAAACAGGAUGGUGUUGUAAUGCAAAAAAUUAUAAACAAAUGCACCUAUCUUUGAAUUGAUUGAACAUUGAAUUAGCCAUUUAACGGCGGUAGUUUGUAUACAUGUUUAAGUGUCGCGAAAAAAUAACCUCUAAUGGAAAAAAUUAAACCCGUACAAAAUAAUAUAUCAAAAUGUAUCAAAACUAUCUGUCCAUCACCGGAGCAACUUAGCAUAAUAACGAAUAAUAUAAAAUGCGAAAAAUGUGGACUCGUAUUUAAAAAUGAACCGCGAUAUCGGUUACAUGAUCUUAAAGUACAUCAGCGUAAAAAUUUAGAUAAAGCAAUAAAAGAAAAUGUACAGUAUCAUUGUCCGGUAGAAUCUUGUAUUUAUGCUCCAAAAGCAGAAAGACAUUUUAGUACUAUGAAAUAUCUUAAACAGCAUUAUCUUAAAGUACAUGCAAAAAAAACGCAUGCAUGUACUCGUUGUGAUAAAAGCUUUUCUACUGAAGCAGCAAAGGAAGGACAUAUGAGAAUAUGUGGAAUUGAAUUCGUAUGUUCUUGUUUAAAAACUUACACUUCUUAUGAAGCCUUGCUUACACAUGCAAAACGAUCAUUACAUACUAUAGAUGAUAAAUAUAAAAAUUUUUUAAGACGCACAAAUUCUAAAGCAAUGAGAUUGAUUUUACCAACUAGUCAAACAGAAAUAAAUAAAUUAAUUACAAUACUACCAACAAAUCAAAAUGAAAAUAGAAUAUCAGAUAAUAAUGGUUCCAUACAGAAAUUAACAUUAGAUAUUGGUAUACAAACUGAUGAAUAUAAAAAGAAUAAAAGAAUAUCAAGUCCAUUAAAACAUAUUAACAAUAGUUAUUAUCAUAAUGGAAAACGUGGAAUAUCUAAACAAACGCAGACAAGUAUUUUCCAAAAAGUUAAACAAAAUGUAAUAUCCAUGGAAACACAAACUACACAAGCUUCACAAGCAUUUAAAAAUGCAUUGAAACUUCAGAAACAUAGAAGAAAUUCUGUAUCUCAAAAUUCUGAUUAUACACUGUUAAAGGAAGACCUUAAUCUUGGCAAUUUUACAGCUACAAAUUUAUUUCCUGGUAGUCCAUUACCACUUCGUCAUGAUGAUGGAUUACAAGAUUUUUGGGAAGAAAAGAGUACAUCAGGUACUCAAACAAUACCUGAAAAAGACAUGUUUGAAGUUCUAAAUGAUAAUGUUACUCAAACAGAAUUUGAAACAUUUUAUGAACAUAGUACAAAUCCAUUAAUGCAGUGUACUCCAAAAAGUACAGUUGCUUUAAUGACUUUACCUUAUGUUGAAGAAACAUCAAAUGUUGAAGGAUAUUCCUUUGUAUCUUCAGAUAGUAUAUCACGAUCAGAUCCCAUGCUUACAGACAAAACUUUUGAUGACAAAUUUAGCAGUAUAGAAACUCAAACAGAACAAGCUUAUUCAUUUUUUGAUUCAGAUCCUUUAACUAGAUCAUUUGCUUUAAGUUCUAUUGAAACACAAACUACAAAUAAUAUUGAUAACAUGGAACAACUAUUAUACAGUAAUACAUGCACGCAAACUUGCGAUGAAAUACUACCGACUGAUCUAGGAUUAUCUAAUAUUCAAACACAAACACCUUGGACUCAACUCGAAGAUACUACUGUUUCUGCUGAAACACAAACAAAAUCUUUGAUAUGUGAAACAGGUUGCAAUAUUUCAAUAGGUGCAUGUCGUUCAUGGUUGAGUACUCAAACUAGUCAUACUGAAACACAAACUGAUUUACUUAGUAUUUUUGAAAGUCUUCAAUAAUAAAGUAUUUAAUUUUUGUGCAAAUGGUGAUAUAACAAUUGAUAUUUAAAUAAUUUGCAUUUGGUAUUGUAAAAUAAGACUAAUUUUUCAUAUUGUUAUUUAGUACUUUGGUAUUUUUUAUAUUUUAUUACAAACUAAUUAUAUGUAUUUAAGUUCCUGUAUAUGUGCAAUUUGUUAAUGAAAUAUUACGUGCAUUGAUUGAGAACUGCAUUUUCUUAAAAAGAAUGUUUUAAAUUUACUGUAUUAUACAGUAUCCACACUGCCAUAAUUUUAAAAUAUGUAUUGUUUAUACAUAUUGUUUAUAUGUUUCCAGAAUAAAAUUAUACACAUUGCAGGCAAUGUAGUUACAUGUAACUUAUUAAAAUAUUAAUUUAAGAUUCUCAUAAUGGAAAAAAUAUUAUUAAUUU